AUGGAAAGCCAAAACAGCAACUCUAACGGCAAUUCCCAACGUCGCAGGCUGACCAAAAAACCGCCGCCUUCGAUCCAACAACACUUUCACCACAAAAACGCCUACUCCAUCGAUGGUGGCAGUCGCUUUGACGCUCAAUCUCUGGGGAGCAAACGCAGCUCGACGAGUCUGAAGCGUGCUCCAAGCGCUCCGCCCCAGCGAACGCCAACCAGUGCCAGAUCCAACGCGUCUAACAACUCGUCUCCCCGUCAUCCUCCAAACAAUUCCCAGAGAUCCAAUCCCUCGCCCAUCCUGCAGAGCGGCGAAUUCUUACCAUCGACAUUUUCGCCCGCCCACCAGCAAGCAGCAGCCAGCAGCAGGCCGUAUCCCGCGUCGCCCAUUGCAGGUCCCGGCGAAGGAAGUCGCCCAGCAUUUGGUUUUGGGCAAGGUGGUGCAGCGAACAUUGGUAUUGGCAUUGGCAUCAGCACCGGCCCGAGUGCGACGCGAAGCAGAGACAACACCACGAAUUAUCAACACUCACAACCACGAGACCACCGUUUGUCGGAUUCGCACCUCCGACCCCUCAGCACCAAGACAUCCGAGGAAUUCGUCGGUGCGCCUUUUGACGGCACCUCCCUCAUCAACCAUUUCGAAGCCACCAAAUCACCCUCGUUCGCCAGCCGCCGACCUGCUCCUCCCCCGCUCUCCCACACGAGUCCUUUCGCUCCUCAUCCUGCCUACAGCAAGAACGCCCACGACCUCCGUCAGUCGGCGAACUCCACGGCCGCCGAUACCUCCAUGGCCAUGUCGGAAAAGGCGCCACCCGGCGCGCGCAUUGGGGAAAACCAAUUGAUCAGUCCGAAACGGUACUCAGACGAGAGCAAAGAUCCCAAGCCCCCCGGCGUGCUGAGGAAAAAGUCGGGCUUCUCAGGACUCAUGAGCACGUUGGUGGGGUCGCCCAAGAAACCCGUCAUCUCGGCCCCAGAGAACCCCGUUCACGUAACACAUUCCCUCUUCUCGUUGUCCCUCCUUGCCCGCCGCAUCCUUCCUUCCUGUGCGAUCACGCUGAUCUCAUGUCGUGUCCAUAAUAUUUCCGCCUCGCGUGCCCCCUUCCCCUCUCCACGUAACUCAGGUGUGUGUGGCCUCCCGAAAGAAUGGCAACGACUCAUCAACGAGAGCGGCAUUCCCGAGAAUGCUCGACGGGAAAAUCCCCAGAUGAUUGCAGACAUCGUGACUUUCUACAAAGAAACUACAGAAAAGCCACACGAGGACCAGGUUCUUGAAAAGUUCCAUGAUGUCAGGGCUCCAGAGCUACGUACCCCGUCAGGAGGAGCGUCUCCCGGAAUCUAUGCACCAAACUAUGCCGGUAUGUCACCUAUGAUCAGUCCACCAGCAAGUCCAAGAUUUCCAAUCGUGAAUAAUGAAGGCACCUUCGAGAACCCCCGCGCCCCUCCGCCCGUUCCUGGAAAGGGUCUUGGCCUAUUGCCGCAAAAGGACAUCAACCUCAUGCCCAGUCGACCCGCGCCGAGACCCCCCGUGUCGUUGCCAUCGAGGGCUGCCCCGCAACCGCCAUAUCCAGGCAAGGAUUCCGGCAUCGGUAUUGCUCAAGGCGGCGAAGAGCUACCCUCGGCGGCUUACGUACCACCCAAAGAGAACACCGUCCCCAUGCUUCCGGAAGAGCACCGAUCGAGAUCGAACUCGCGAGCAAAUGGCAGCUCGCCGUAUACUCCUACCCAACCAUCGCCGGCAGUGCAGCAAGCUUACCAACAACAAUUGAUGGAGCAACAGCAGCAACAAGCCAUGGCACAGGCACAAGCGGCGAUGAAGGGACAAUUGGGUCGAUCAGUAAGUCAGAAGCAGCCGCCUUCAGGCCAUCCAGCGUCGACGAGCACGCAGAACCAGUUCAGUCGCCCUCCGGAGGCAAACGGAGCCGGUCGUGGCCAACCACCCGUUGGACCAGGGCCGCAAGCCAGACCUCGUCACCGUCAGCGCCAAAGCAACAGCAUAGACGUUGUAGCCGCGCUGAAGAGAAUCUGCUCAGAAGGCGACCCGCGCGACAUCUAUCGAUCAUUCACCAAGAUUGGUCAAGGUGCUUCGGGUGGGGUAUACACCGGUCACGAGCGAGGCUCGAAUCGCUUGGUGGCGAUCAAGCAGAUGAAUCUCGAGCAGCAACCUAAGAAGGAUCUGAUCAUCAAUGAGAUCCUGGUCAUGAAGGAAAGCUUGCAUCCCAACAUCGUCAACUUCAUUGACAGCUAUCUAUGCGGGGGCGAGCUGUGGGUUGUCAUGGAGUUUAUGGAAGGUGGCAGUCUGACGGACGUCGUUACUUUCAACAUAAUGACAGAGGGUCAAAUAGCUUCGGUUUGCAGAGAGACAUUAAAGGGACUGCAACAUUUGCACUCCAAGGGGGUAAUCCAUCGAGACAUCAAGUCCGACAACAUACUGCUUUCAUUAGAAGGCAACAUUAAGCUCACCGAUUUUGGGUUCUGUGCUCAGAUCAACGAGGCACACAACAAGCGCACCACAAUGGUUGGCACACCUUAUUGGAUGGCCCCAGAAGUGGUUACUAGAAAAGAGUACGGCCGAAAGGUCGAUAUCUGGUCUCUUGGUAUCAUGGCGAUUGAGAUGAUUGAAGGCGAACCCCCUUACCUCACCGAGUCACCACUUCGGGCUUUGUGGCUUAUUGCUACAAACGGUACGCCAACUAUCAAAGAUGAACAAAACUUGUCUGCGGUCUUCAGGGAUUUCCUCUACUUUGCUCUUAAGGUCGAUCCAGAGAAGAGAGCAAGUGCCCACGACUUGCUUCGGCACGACUUCAUGCGAUCGUGUGUCGACCUCGCAUCGUUGUCCCCAUUGGUUCGAGCCGCCAGAGAAGCUCGCCAACAAGAGAAGGCCCGUAAGGGUCAAUGA